UCUCUCUCUUUCUUUUUGCUCAGUCUCAAACAUACUCGCCAACAUGCCUGAAGCAUGAUAAUAAACUGGUUCAGCUGGGUGACGUUGGGAAAGCGAUGGACCUAAAACUUUAGGCAAGUCCCACCUGGACUAGAAGCGCGACAUGUUGUGGAAGAAAACAUGGUGAAGAGGGCAAGAUGACGAAACUUUGAGGAGUAAAUAUCAUCAAGGCCAACAACAUGGCACGUCGCUCUCAGUGUUCCUCUGCUGGGGAUAACCCCCUGGACCCCAACUACCUCCCUCCUCAUUAUCGGGAAGAGUACCGCUUGGCUGUUGACGCACUGGUUGAGGAGGACUUGGAGGGAUACUACGACGUCCUCCAAAAAUCAGAUGUGGUGGACUUCUUGUCCACACCUGAGAUUCACUUUAUUCGGAGCUCUGUUCAGGUGCCUCAGCAGAGCAGCCAGAAGGAACACCAUUUUCAUGACACUGGGGGAGAUGGUUCCUCAGACACAUACUGGCCGAUCCACUCGGACCUGGACCCCCCAGGCCUGGACCUUGGCUGGCCUCACCUGCAUCACUUCAAUGUACCCACAGAGGUCACUACUCUGAUUAACCCCCCAGAGCCUUACAUGCCGAGUAUCAAGGAGCAGGCACGGAGACUUAUUAAGAAUGCUCAGCAGGUGAUUGCCAUAGUGAUGGACAUGUUUACUGAUGUUGACAUGUUUGCGGAUAUUCUCAAUGCUGCCAUGAGGAAUGUUGCUGUCUAUGUUAUUUUAGACGAGCAGAAUGCACAUCACUUCAUCAACAUGGUGUCCAAUUGCAGAGUAAAUCUAGAGAGCAUCCAGUUUCUACGUGUGAGAACAGUGACUGGCACCACAUAUCACUGUCGCUCAGGGAAAACCUUCAAAGGUCAGAUGAUGGAUCGCUUCUUGUUGACAGACUGCAGGGCUGUGCUGAGUGGAAACUACAGCUUCAUGUGGUCUUUCGAGAAGAUACACCGUUGUAUGGCACACCUUUUCCUUGGACAGCUUGUAUCAACUUUUGAUGAAGAGUUUCGGAUUCUGUUUGCUCAGUCACAACCGCUGAAUAUUGAAAAUGUGCCUGCUCCAAUGGAAGAGUUUAACCCUCUACAAAAGAGGCAAUACCCACAUGAAAGAACUUCACUGUACAGACCCCCCAGGAAGUUUCAUCCAGAUGAUGAUCGUACUGAUAUUGAUUGGAGAAUGAUGCCCCUUAAAAAUCCUUCAGAUCCGCACAGAAGGUUCUCAUCCAUGCAGUCACUAGUAGAUCCCUCAUUGGAUCCGGGCCACUCCAGGAUGCCCACUAUGGAAAAUCCUGCCUUCAAACGGCACAGUUUCGCAGAAGGUGGUCAUGGUAGAUACUCUUAUCCAUUCCUGCAGUCACAGGAGUUGCCAGACCCUGAAUCCCAGGGAAGGCAUUUUGACAGGGGCCAACAGUCAAAUGUAAGAGCAGGACCCGAGGCAAACUACAGUGGCUAUGACAAAUUUUGGAGUCAAGACAAGUCAGGUCAUUCACCAGAUGAGUAUUCUGAUCCUGGUUUACCACAAGACACGGAUAACUUUGACCCUGUGCUAAACUAUUUAUCAUCUACCAGAAAUGUAGAAUUUGACGAGGGCUCAGACAGCUUCCUGCCUGCAGGAGAUUUACCAUUAACUUCAUCUUACCCUAGAAGAUUGAGUUUAGACCAGCCCUAUGCAUGUCAAACCUCUCCCACACCCUCUAAUCCAACUGAUCAGAAGCAGUUUUUCCCACCUAGCAGUGACCGCAAGGAUCCCAUGGUGAAACGGGGCCUAAGAAACUAUAGGAUUAGCUCUUACCUCAGUGCUUUCGAUAAUCCAGGAGAUGAAGGCCUGCCACUGGCACCACCUCAAGUGCCAGAUCCUUUAGACGAACAAUCUAACCCCGCCAUACAGCAGAAAAAAACAGGCAUGUUUUCAGUUCCUAAAAUCCCUCAAUUCAGAGAAUUUAAGGUUCCUGCUUUACGCAGGGCAAGUCAGAUGCCAAAUUAUGUCAAACAUGUACGAGAACGAUCAGAGAAAUCACCUGAUGAAAGUACUGCAGUGGAAGUGGAAACCAAAUCGACACCAACACCUUCAGAAUCAUCAUCCACAACUGAGGGAGACAAGACAGAGGAGGCAGAGCAAAAUGAACCAAAGGAACCAAAGACUGGUGUUCUUCGAAGGGAGGAGUCAUUCCGUAGGAAAUACAAUCCAGCAGUACCGAGGAGUUCGAGAUUAAGAUCUUCUCUGAUAUUCAGCUCUCUGGACCAGCAAACUUCUGCAGGCCAACAGGAUGAGGAGGGUGACAAAAAUGAGGCAGAACAGACAAAAUUACCUUAUGUUUCUAAGAUUUUGGGACAAAAAAGAAAAGAACCUUUUGAAUGGAGAAGUUACAUAAAAUCAGCCACUUUUGAUAGCUCCGGACUUGAAGCUUCAAAACCAGAUGACGGAACUAGUAAAGCAGAAGAGAGAGAUUCAUCCUCAAAGGACCCACCAGAAAACCCUGAGGUACAAGAGUCAUUAAAACAAUCAAAUGUAGCAAAAGCUACUGAUUCACCAUCAAUGCCCCGAUCCAAUUCCUCUGAAGCUGAGCUGCCCAAAACUGAUCAACUAGUACAACCACCCAUAUCUUUGGUCACUCCACUCUUUUUAGAUAUGAAUGAUCCUGAUGAGCGGCUCAAGUUUUUCAAAGAAAUGGCAGCCAAACGCAGAGCUGCAAAGGCUGCUGAAGCUGAAAAGAGCACAGUGCAUGCUCCGAUGAAAGCAACAACUGAUCUUAAUGUCAGUGAUGAAACAAAGAAGUGGGGAAGUCAGGUCAAUAUUGACCCCAAUACCUCCAAAUCUUGUGAAGAGGAACAAACCACAGUCUCAACUGAUUCAGAGAAAAUAGAGAUGAAGAACAACCAAGCAGCAGCAUCCUUGCCUGUUUGUGCAGAAAUAGAGACCCCUCAGACUGAACCACCAGAAGACACAAAGCUAUCAAAACAUGCUGUAAAAGAGCCUAGUCCCUGUCAGUCACCUAUAACAACAACAACAAAUGCAAAUGUUCCAUCUCUUGUGCAAGGUACUGAUAAAAGUGAAAAGCCCAAUUCCAUUCCUCAGACCACUCAUAGUCCCACAGCUUUCAGUUUUGCCCCUCUUUCCACUCCAGCAGCGACUGUAUCAUCUGAUAUCACCCAAGAAGACUCAAGCUCAACCCCGACAUCCAGCAUACUGUCCCCAAUAUCUGACAAAAUAGAAGCAAAGGAAUGUGUCAGCCACCCCCUACCUGAAUUGGGCCAAUCAGUGGACAAAGCAUUACAAACAUACACUUCUUCUGACAUGCAAGCAGAAUCUACUCAAGCUCUGUUAGAUUCUGUAGCAGUUGACUCCUCUCAUGUUGAAUUUGAUAUUUCUCCUGACAAAUGUGCUGCUGGUUCAGUCCCCUCCUCAUUAGAGUCCACUACAAAGACAAACUCUGAGGAAUCUUGUUGGAUAUUGUCUGAUUCACAAAAAGAUGCAUCACCAAAGGGCACUAAAGCGGAUAGCAUAACUCCUAGCCUUAGCUCUCCAUCAACUGAGCGGUGUUUACCCAUUGUAUCUGAUCUGGAAAGUGGUAACUCAGACCAGACAUCAGACCAAAAAGGGGCCAUUACUCCUAAACGUACCCCAGGAGACGCUGUAGAUGAGCAAUCAGGAGCUAGCUCUCUUCUUACUCCAGACAUCCCUCCUGAUGCCUCCCAGUCUGAAACAAGUACAUGUUCUCAAGAUGCACCGACACUAGCAAACUAUCCCUCAGAACUUUAUCCAACAGGCUCUGACUCUUCCACUCCUGCUGAUUCAAUACUAUGUUCUUCUCCUCUGUCUGAGUCAAUUGGAUCUGUCAUGUCCCCUGAGGCUGAAAAAACAGAAACCAACAUGCCUGUAUUGCACAGUUCCUCAGAUGCUAUUUCUUUCACCAGUGAGACUCCACCAGACUCAAACAAUGCUCUGCACCCAACAGAAUCUUCCUUUAGUCCAACUGAGCCUACCUCAAUAGUCACAUCAGUCACAACAGAACCUGAUCUGCCAAGCAAAAGAUCUGAAUCUGUUACAUCUGAAAGCCACACUUCAGAGUCAUCUGUACCUGCCGAUAUUAGUUUUACAGAUGAGCAUGAACUGUCUGAACCUUUUGAGGAAGCAAAUGUGGACACUGAAGCUACAAACAAGGUAAAUAAUACUACUACACGAGAAUCAAAUGACCAAGCAAGGCAAAAUAACUCCUCGAAGGUGGCAGAAGCUGCAUCAGAUGAAGUCGUUCCUCUGUCACCACAGUCCGAGAAGCCAAAGUCUCGCUACCACUCAUCAACUGCCAAAGUGCUUUCAAGCAGCAACCUCAGAGAUGAUACAAAGCUGCUACUAGGGCAAAUUUCUGCAAAUAGCCAAAACAGGAAUGAGAUGACCAAAGAGCUUCCUGUCACUGAUGAUGAGAAAGAAGAUAAAGCUGAUAAAAAUACCAUAAGGGCGAAAGAAAGUGGGAUCAGGCCAUUCAGCAGAGCACCGCCGAAGUCAGCUGAGGAGCGCAAGGAACUGCUGGAGAAGAUCCAGAGCAUGAGGAAGGAGAGGAAAGUUUACAGUCGCUUUGAGAUGGCACCUUAGGUGGGAUACGAAGAAAGUUGUGAGGAUAAAUAGUAUAUCCAGAAAAAAAUGCAAAACGAUGGACAAGUGAAAUGAUGAACAAAUGAUGAACUUACGAAAGACAUGAACUUACAGAAAGAAACUCCUACAAAUUAGUACAGAUGUGCCAUGAUUGACAAAGGGCUUCCUUCUAUGGGUGAGUCACCAAGAGUCUUCUGGUGAAAAUGACAUGAACUGAGACUACGUAUGUGUGAUGUUUUUACUGACUUCAUGGGUGAAGUGCAAUGUUAUGGAGUCUGUCCUUGCCUUUUUUUACAGCAUUGACAGCCAUCACAUAAAUAUCAGUUGGGGGUUUCAAGUGUAACAUAUAAUCUAAAGUACCCCAAGCUUGUAAAAGUGUAUCAUAACAUGCUGACAUGUAUUUGACAAUCAUUUUAAACAAAGAUGCUGAUAAAAAUGUGUUUUUGUGAAACAGGUGGAUAUGUACAUUCAUAUCCAUGCAGGACUGUAAAUGUUUUGAUAGGAAUUAAUUGUAAUUGUUUAAUUUACUGAAAUCUUAAUCAAACAUGAACAAAACUGAAAUUGUGAACAUAGUUCAUUAGUGCAUAUGUCAUUGCAUACCAUACAGUAUGUAUUGUGUUUCUUUUUCUCUUCUACAGUGAGAGUCUUUAAGAUGUCAGUUAUGUCAGUUUGAGUUAAGUUAAUUCAACCAAAUUACACGCACAGAAAAUAUGUAAAAAUAUGUUCAAGCUUACCUCUGUGGUACAUUGCCAUGCAGAUACUUACCAGUCAUUAUUCUUUUUAUUUUAGUUUGUUUUUAAGGCUAAUGCCAAUACUUGAGACAUGACAGUCUUAACCCCUAUUUGUACAGACUUUGAGAUAUUUUUCACAACAAAACAAUGAAGGUAAAAAUAGAGUUUGAGCAACACUAGAGUCAGAUCAAAACCAUAGCGACCUGGAUGGCUACAUUCCACUGCAGAGGAAAGUAUGGUGUCAUUUCUUUGUAAUUUGGAUAAACCAACCCUUUCUAUUGUCUCUGAAAAUUUGCCUGAACUUGUAAUUGUCCCUGAAAAUGUGCCUUUUUCAAUAAGAACCUGUCAUGCCUGUUUAUAAAAGAAAUGUUGAAACAGCAAAGAAUUUACAUCGUAAUGUGUAGAGUUUUACUCUGCAUGUUAAAAUUUUUUAAUGGAUUUAUGGUGGUUGUAAAUAUUUGUUUGUUUUUUAAUUAAAAAUAUGUCUUUAUCAGGAUAUCUAU